CAACUGCCAGUGCCUGUGGCGCGCUGGGUUUGACAGCAAAUUUUGAAAUAGUAACAUUUUAUUGCGUAUAUUUUAUUGUUUUCCUCCUGAAUAAUUUAACAACCUCAGCUACCCAGGCAUAUGCAAUGGCAUCUGUAUUGGCUGCAUAUAUUCAAGUUGUACCAAAUUCUUGUUUGCAGUGUAAUUUCAAUGAGACGGAAAUUCAUCACGGUGCAGAGGACCCUUCCUUAGAACGCCAUUUCAGAGGACAUAAAGAUAUUAUCAGUUGUGCAGACUUUAGCCCAAACAACAAACAGCUAGCUACUGGAUCAGCUGACACAUUUCUCAUGAUUUGGAACCUGAAUCCCAAGGCCAGAGCUUAUCGGUUUGUGGGGCACAAAGAUAAAGUGUCCAGCGUCCAGUUCUCUCCAGCUGGCAACUUGGUGGCAUCAUCGUCUUGGGACAAAACUGUUAGACUGUGGACACCUAACAUCAAAGGCGAAUCUACGGUAAUCCGAGCCCACACAGCCAUAAUUCGUAGUGUCAGCUUCUCCCGAGAUGGACAGCAUUUGGUAACAGCCUCAGAUGACAAGUCUUUGAAGGUGUGGAGUGUCCAUCGCCAGCGCUUUAUGUACUCAUUAAACCAGCACACUAACUGGGUUCGCAGUGCUAAAUUCUCGCCAGAUGGGAGGCUCAUAGUUUCAUGUGGUGAUGACAGAAGUGUUAGGAUCUGGGAUACAACUAAUAAGCAGUGUGUUAACACAUUCACCGACUACGGAGGGCCUGUAACCUUUGUGGACUUCAACUCCAGUGGCACCUGUAUAGCUUCCUCAGGGUCUGAUAAUACAUUGAAAAUAUGGGAUAUCCGUACAAACAAAUUGUUACAACAUUACCAAGUUCACAGUUCUGGGAUAAACUGCUUCUCAUUUCAUCCAUCAAGUAACUACCUCAUCAGCGCAUCUAAUGACAGUACUGUGAAGAUCCUGGACCUGCUGGAAGGAAGACUCAUUUACACUCUCCACGGGCACAAGGGCCCUGUCUUUACUGUUACCUUUUCUCGAGGUGGUGAAUACUUUGCUUCAGGAGGCACUGAUGCUCAAGUGCUGUUGUGGAAAACCAAUUUUGAUGCAUUUAACUAUAAGGAUGUUCUAAAAUGCAAUAAUAGAAGACUGAAUCCUGAGCCUCCCCCUCAUCUGACAGACAUCCAUCCAAGAUCUCCCCAUUUGCACACUGCCAGUUCAGCGUCUGUUGAGAUCAACCCUUCCUUCAACGUGGCAGAUACACAGACGUUAGAUCCACCUGUGGUAGAUGUUGGACAGUCAUUAUUUUCAAAAACACAGCACAGAGUAAGCAGCCUACUGAACGGUGUGCCAGCACACGAGUGGCGGAAUAGUAGAAGUUUCCAGCAGCGCCCCAGCUCCGACAAGAGGCAGGAGAAAGAGGAGACACCCAUAGAGACGUUCACCCAGGAAGAGCAAACUGUGCUCAACAGCUUACCACCAAGUCUUUCCAGCACCUUAGAGCACAUUGUGGAGCAGCUUGAUGUUUUGACACAGACAGUUUCAGUGCUAGAGCAGCGACUGACACUGACGGAAGAUAAACUGAAGGAAUGCCUGGAUAAUCAGUUGAAAAUCGUACUGCAGGUGAGGCAGGCAGAGGAGAGGGAGACAGAGAACGGAUCCCCCACCUCUUCAUUGUAAGGAUUUUACCAAAUGGCAGCAGGGCUUUGUCAUCAGAGCUUAAGACUGGGAGCCUCAAGAUCAUGGUUUUGACUAUUCGGCUCAGUUGACGACCAGUACCUGUGACCCUAGAGAGCGUAUCUUCUGUCUGCUUGUACCUUGACCCAGUCCAGAUGUUUAGCUAAAUGCAGUGCAAGUUGGAUAUCUGCUGGAAAUAAAAUUGGGUUAAUUUGGGCUGAAUAAAUUAUAUCCUUACUUAAGAAAUCUGCAUCUAACAAAGCAAAACUAUUUUUGACAAUUGGAAAAAGAACACAAAUUACAACCUUUAAUGUCACAGAGAUGUGCACACCUGUGGAGCCCAUUUUUAGUAAUAUUUUAUUGUUACACUCAAAAUUUUAUGCCUAAUUUACAAAUGUAUUUUGUAAGCAAUGUUUCUAGUAACAUGUUAUUUAAUAAUCAUUCAUUAAAAAAGCUAAAUAAA